UCAUCUAUUUCACUGAGAAGUCAACACAGCUCAACACCGAGGCAGAAAGCCCACUGCCUCCUGGGAUGGAAACCCUCAACCAGGCUCCGGAGGAUGGGGGCCUGAAGGCCCUUGGCAUAUUCCAGAUAAUCAAUCGCCUGGCUUGCCAGAACAGCACGACUCCAUCCUUCAACGUCUGUGAGAUGCCCUGCAGCAAGUUGGUUGAUGAGGACAUAGAUGAUGACUGCCGCUGCCUGAAGCAGGUCCUCGCCAUGCCUGGUAAUGACAUCAGCGAGAACGAAAAAAUGUUGAGACUAAGAAU